AUGCGUUUCACACUGAGGAUUUUGAAAAAGAGCCAAACAAGAAAAAGUUCUACACUUGAAGUUAGUCGAUCUUACACACCUCGUUUUUACGAAAGGAUCCACCGUUCAGCUCCUGCUGUCAAUGUGUUGGACCUCCUAAUUGCCGAAAGAAAUCAGAAAGCUCCUGCUGUCAAUGUGUUGGACCUCCUAAUUGCCGAUAGAAAUCAGAAAGCUCCUGCUGUCAAUGUGUUGGACCUCCCAAUUCCAGAAAGAAAUCCGGAAGAAAAUGCACCAGUAUGCUGCGUUUGCCAACGUCUUCGACCAACACGAUGUUUUGUUCCAUGUGAACAUCUAUCUACAUGCGAAGAAUGUUCAGCGCAGUACGUUUUAGCAAAUCCACAACAAACCUGCCCGAUAUGCAGAAAGCAGUACACGAGUAUUCAAGUAGUUAGAGAGCAUAUUGAAUGUUGCAUUUGUUAUGAAAGUAUUCCGGUCAGCUGUUUCAUUCCAUGCGGUGAUAUGUGCAUUUGUGAUUUUUGUCUUGCCGAAUUUUUAGCAUACGAUGCACAAAGCUGCCCCGUAUGUGGAGAAGUAUACCAAUACAACUAAAGAGUAUUUUUAUAAUUUUAACUUAUUCUAUUAUAAUUUAUCGAUUUUUAAUAAGGUAUAAGGUCCCAAUCAUUUGUUAAACGUUGUAUUUAUUUACAUUGAAUAAUGUAAGAGACCUAUAUGAAGGGACUAUAAAGUUUGAAGCACGAUUUCCAGUAUUACAAAAAUUUAUCUAUAUGUGUCACGAUCUGAGGAAAGGUACCUAAGAAGCAAAAAAUUUGAGGUUAUGUUUUUAAUUUUUUGAGUAAAAAUAGAGAAAAAAAUUCAAUUAUUAAUUAAAAAUUGUUGGUCUUAAAGUCUUUAUUAUAUACAAAAUAUUUAAUAAAAAUUGGUUUCAAAUUCAAAUAAUUAAAAAUAAACUUUUAAUCAAGAUAAAUCUAACACGAACCCAACCUAUAAAUUAUUUGCUUUUUAGGUACCUUUCUUGGGAGCGCGUCAAAAAUGUGCUAUUAAAGUUUUACUUUUAAUAAUAUUUAAUAGAUACAAUUUACAGUAUUACGACUAAAUUCAACAAGAUGUGUUAUUAAAAUUUCGAAAAUUUCUAUUACUAAAAUUGUUUGGAAAAAAUAAACAAUUACUUAUAGCACUCGGACAUUAGUGAUAUGCCACUGUCAUUUUAGGGUUAUCCUAAGCAUUUCCGUAGUUUAAAGAAAAUACCUAAGAAUUACGAAUAUUAUUUUGAAUUAUUUUUAAAUUUCGUUUAACAUAUCUAAGCAUCGAUGUAUUUAUAAAACGUUCCUAGGACAUGUUCUGCAUAGUACGUUAUAGCUAAUAAAAAAAAUCUGCCUGAUAUGUAGACAGCAGUAAGGUAAAUGUCCCAGUAUCUGGCCACCUUAAGAAUGAUCCUGCCCAAAACCUGGUCAUUCAUUUAUAAGCCGCAUUUAUAUUGUGACCAGGUUUUGGGUGGGACCAUUCUUAAGGUGGCCAGCUAUACUGGGACAUUUAUCUUAUACGACUAUUCAAGUGGUUAGAGAGCAUAUUGAAUGUUGCAUUUGUUAUAAAAAUAUUCCGGUUAGCUGUUUUUUCUAUGUGUUUAAGAUAUCUAAGCAUCGAUGUAUUUACAAAACGUCCCUAGGACAUCAUUCUAUCGGGUUAUAAUAAGUAUUACAAUACAUUAGUAUUGAGUAUCAAUCGAUUUUCUUCAAAAUUUUAAAUUUUAUUUGAAGAAAACAAUUAAACUUAAAAACAUGAAGAAAAAUCGACUGAGACACAUUUUCUAGAGUUCGAAUAAACAUAAAUUUUUUAUAUCUACUGAUAUUUGUUCGACAUUAUUAGAAAUUAAAAAUUAUUAAUGGUGAUUGGUGUUUUCUAAAAAAGAAUUUAAACUUGUAAUUUUGAAUAAUUAGAAAGCCAAAUUUUUUUGUCUGAUGAACAUGAAUUUGUGCUUAAAAGUUAACUAUACCGUCAAAAUAAAAAAAACACUAUUAAAUAUUCCAAAAAUGCACAGAAAAAAAAUUUAGCAGAUUUUGACGAAACUGAGUUUUGAAAAAUGUAAGAAAUAUUUCAGGAUAAAGUACAAAACUUUCGUAUUUUAUACUGAAUAUUUUUGACGUUUAUCCUGAAAUAUUCCUUACAUUUUACAAAACUCAGUUUCGUAAAAUCUGCUUAUUUCAUCUUUUCCGUGUGAUACUUUUUAUGAUUUGGGAGCGUUCACAAACGACGUCAAGCAAUUUUUGGAGAUUUUCGACCCCCCCUCCCCCUGUCACGCAAUUUUUGCAAUUUCAUAUGAGAAAAAUACAUUGUGUCACGUUUUAGAAAAAACACCACUUUCCUUUCGUUUGUGAUAUCAUGAAUAUUAAGCAAAUAAUUGAGGGGCUGGAUGCUAUAAAAUAGGUUUGUAUUGUGAUAUUUAUUUUAAAUUAUCUGUUUGCAGAAUAUGUAUUGUUAUAAUAUUAUAUUAGGGUGGUUCUCUCAAACUAACAAAUUACUUAUGCCCAGUAUAAAAUGGUAUUUUUGUUCAAAAAUAAUAAAAUAAAUUCAAGUAAA